ACCGACGAUCAUGAACGCACCAUAGCACGUCUGCCGCAGGGUUGCCAUCAUCGGCGACGCCUAAGGCAGAGGUACAAUGAUGUGGAAGGAAUCCGCAACGGUGUCACCCUUCAGGAAGUGGAAGUCAGGUCAGGUCAAUGCGACCUCUGAUAAUACGUACAGUACACCGGAGGGUCAUCAGAGCUACUAAGCAAUCAAUGCGAGCGAACGCUGCGAAAAAAGAAGCCACUAAAUACCGCACACACAAUAGAUCCCAUCCAAGCUAUCUACCCCAACUCCACAAGAAACCACCAACCCCAAGAGAUUCUUCUGCCAUGGGCGAUGACCAGGGGAAUGCUACGUUGCAUUUACAAAGUCAUGACUGCCGUAAGCUCAUUCACCAGCGGCCGCCCUUCAAUGAUCUCGUUCUGGAAGACGAUGUCAGAGGGGAUGUUCGGGGCCUCUCGAGGAGAAGAAUGGGAGCCUUUGAAAAAGAUCUGGAUCGAAACCCGAAGGCUACCUGCAGAUGUCGUCUAAAUAAUCCACAAAGGAUUGCAUGUUUCGACGAGAUCUGCAGCCGACGGCGCGAUGCAGUCUUCACUCGCAAAGGUUUGCUUAGCCCUCUCAAUGAGCAAAUCACACCGGUCACGGCAUCAGGGACCCGGGCAAAUCGAGCAAGUGAGAUGCGCCUCGACCUGCUGUUCGGUAUGACGACGCCCACCCGCAAAGUCGAAGAGUUCAAUUGCAAAGAGCCGUUCUUGCAUUUGGCAUUUGAUGCCGGUCGCCACUUGAAUGUCCUCUAUCUGCCGCUUGAAUCCGUAAUGGCCUGCAAGAACCGACAUGACUUGUUCCCGCCUGUGCCGAUGUGACACCCGAUGUUCGAACUCGAGAAAGAGGACGGGGCAUCUGACAACAAUCUCCUCGUUGGUGGAAUCUCGACAUACGACGCCGCGCUCAAGGACUUCGCGUUGGUCGGCAAUUACAUGCCCCAUGUCGAUGCCUUUCAGCGUGUUGGAUGUGCAGAUGAAAUGCCAGAGGAUGAGCGGGCAAACAACAACCCUUCGGUCGAUGGCCCAAGCGCGG